AUGGAGACGUCCACGGCGAGCGAACCUAGACGAGUGCAGAAUGCUCGAGUGGAAGUCUUGGAGAUCAUUACUCGAGCGCAGCGUGAGCACGGUCUGCGGCACCGUGAUUACGCCCGUUACCGCGGGUACUGCGCCCGACGACUCGCUCGACUGUACAAGACGUGCGAUUUGAAGCACGGGAAGGGGCGGUAUCAGAAGAAGCCUCUGACGGCGGACGCGAUCGCGAGCGAACGAGCGCUCUUGAUACCACUCGCGCAGAGUGAACGGGCGUGGGCGUACGCGAUGGAGAUCAAAGACGCCGGGUCGGUAAAGAAGAAGAAGAGCGACGUGCGAUCGCACAUGGUGGGGAGGUUUAGGAAGGCGAUGAAGCACGCGAACGAGUUGGCGGCAUUUUGCACCGCACUCGGAGAUGAGCAGACAGCGCUUGAAGGAGACGCAUACGCCAAUUACAUCGCGGGCGUGUGCGGGGUGGAACAAGGAAAGGAUUACGUCGGUGCGAUGUCUAAGCUGCUCCGAUCGAAGCGAGCGUACGCCAAACUGGGUUUGUUGGGUGACCAAAAGCGCCUCGAACUGUAUCGUGAGCGCGUCGAGGAAAUCGAAGACCUCGUGCGCUACGCGCUGUACAAGCAAGGUCGAACGGUAGAUCUCGACGCGUUGGAGAAGGAUGCGGUGCUUGACUUGGCAUCUAACUCCGUCUUUACCAUGGAAGUCGAAGCACCGCCGGAAAUUGAGGAUAAAAUCAGAUGGCACGCGAUGGACUUUGAACUCAAGAACCGCGACGCUCGCGUGCUCAUUGCUCAGGCUCAGGAGCACUUAAGCAAGCUCGAGGCUCUGAAGAACCCUACUGGGCACAAAGGGAACGCAUUAUUCGCCAAGGCGAUCGCGCUUUACGACGAGGCUCGCAGUAAAUUGAAUGACGACGUCGCCAAGGAGAACGCAAAGGUGUUGUACGAAGCUGAGGCGGAAGAAAGGGCGGAGAAAAUCAAGCUCACGGAGAUCGCGCUGUCUCUUCAAAUUAAGGACAAAAUCAUCGACCGUAAUAAAUUCGUCAACGAAAUGCUAGAUAAGAAGCUGAGCGGCAAGGCGAAGAAAGAGCGGGCCGACAAGGGUCUCAACUACGCCGACCUCGCCCGCAUGUACGACACGGCUACAGUUGAGUUUGAGGAUUUGAUCGAGACGGCACCAAUGCUUCUGCGCCUGAAGCCCGACGAUGCCGACAAGCACAUCGACGAAUUCGAAGUUGACUGUGAAGCUGAAGUCAUGCUGUUGAAGGCGAGGCAGAACAUCGCUCUGGCUUGUCACAACUUGUCUAAGGGAGACUUCAAGGAGGCUCGGGCGUACUUUGACAUUGCCACCGACCUCGCGAAAGAUGUGGAAGGGCGAGACUGUGCCGGGGAGAUUCAAGACGAAGCGACAGAAGUCAUCAAAGAUAUUGAAGCGCGUAUCCAGAGAGCGGAAAAGAAGAUUCAAGAGACAGGCAAUGAGACGCACAAAUCGCAGUCCAGUAGCGACUUAGCGAGUCAAGUUACGGAGAAAUUCACGAAGCUCUUUUCCUUUGCUCGAGGAGCGAAGUGA